AUGGCUCCUGGAUUAGUACGGAAUUCAAGAACAAAAUUCAUAGCGAAUUCUCGGCAGAGUCUCAUAGAUCACAUGACGAAGACAGGAAGUUUAGCAAGGGAUAAAAAUCGGCAAUCCGAGAAGACGAAUAUGGGAGUAGAUAAAGUGAACAAAGGAUUGCCAUUAACCGAUGGUUUGUCUAUAGAAACCGAAACUGCAAAUCCCACGUUUGAGGGCAACCUGCCAAAUGUUCAGACUCCUCAAACUCAGCAAAAGGAGAGUACUUUUAUGCCGAGUAUCCAAUCUCCUCAAACUCAUGAAACUCAGCAGAAGGAGAUGACUCUUGAAGGUACUCAGCAAAAUGAAAGCACUCCCGAUCCUCCAUCACAUCAGGGAAAUCAACAUUCUCAAUCACAGGAAGAUAUCAUUGCCUCUGUUAACCUUGCUGUUGUUGGUUCUGCUGUUGUGCACGCUCCAGAAUUUAAUAGGGCCGAUGCCCUGGCCUCAUGCAAUGAUAGCAAAAGUCCUGCCCUACCAAGCAUGCUCCUCUAUGCGUCCGGCCACAAUUGA